AUGCAGACCCUGAAUUUACAUGAACUGACUUGGAGAGGAGACUACUAUACAUGGUCAAAUAAACAACAAGGAGCAGAUAGAGUAUAUAGCAGUAUUGAUAGAGCUUUAGGGAAUGAUGAAUGGAUGCAAGAGUAUGGACAUAUGGAAGCAGAAUAUAGGCUUCCAUUCAUUUCAGAUCAUGCUCCAAUGGUUAUCUCUAUAAGAACACAAGUACCAAGUGGCAAGAUUCCUUUCAGAUUUUUUAAUGUUUGGGCAGAAUAUCCAAGCUUUAUACCACUUCUGGAAGGAGUAUGGAAAGAACAAUAUGAUCAUGACCCUAUGAAGAAUAUAUCGCAGAAGUUGAAGAUUCUAAGAUCUUUGUUGAAGCAGCUUAACAACAACAAACUAGCUAAUGAGGAAAAACAAGCUUUAGAGAACUUGGAGAAAUGGUCAUUAAUUGAAGAAAGCAUAUUGCAACAAAAGGCUCGAGCUACAUGGUUAAGACUAGGAGAUGCCAAUUCCAAAUAUUUUUCAGCAGUAGUGAAGGAAAAAAGGCAGAGGAAAGUUAUCACAGAACUACAAGAUAGCUUUGGAAACAAAAUAACUGACCAGCAGCAGAUACAAGCAGAGAUUAUCAGCUUCUACAAAGCCUUGAUGGGGUCAACAAUAGGGAAUUUACCUGCAGUCAAUAAACAAACAAUGAAGAAUGGGCCAGUUCUUAAUCAUGAACAGUAA